AUGCCAGGAAACCUUUCAGUGUGGGUUUCCACAACAGCAUAUCCUCUACUCAACAGCUCUGUCCUCUCUCUGCUGAAUGUCACCUCUCCACACUGGGAAGCACCAGCCUUCACCGUCGCCGCCCGCUGCCGUGUCGCUGCCACUCUGGUGCUCUUUGUUUUUGCCGCUCUCAGCAACCUCUCAGUUUUGAUCAGCGUGUGCUGGGGCCGUGGUUAUCGCCUGGCGGCACACCUGCGCCCGCUCAUCGCCAGUUUAGCAUCGGCCGAUUUGGUGAUGACGUUCGUGGUGAUGCCACUGGACGCUAUUUGGAAUAUAACGGUCCAGUGGUAUGCUGGAGAUGUCAUGUGCAAGCUGUUGUGCUUCUUGAAACUGUUUGCCAUGCAUUCGGCCGCAUUCAUAUUGGUCGUGGUGAGCCUUGAUCGAUAUCGUGCCAUUCUUCAUCCUCUGGAUUCUUUGGACGCUGGCCUGAGGAACAAACGCAUGCUGCUGGUCGCCUGGACACUGAGCUUGUUGCUCGCCUCUCCACAGCUCUUCAUCUUUCGAGCCAUUAAAGCAGACGGAGCUGACUUCACUCAAUGUGUGACCCACGGGAGUUUCCAACAUCGCUGGCAGGAGACGGCAUACAACAUGUUUCACUUUGUGACACUAUAUGUUUUCCCUCUGCUUGUCAUGACCUUCUGCUACACACGCAUCCUCACCAAGAUAACUGGGCAGAUGCACAAGAGCAAAGAUGGUGAGCGAUGUCUGCGACGUAGUGGAAAAAACAUGAUUCCUAAAGCUCGCAUGAAGACUCUCAAGAUGACGAUAGUGAUUGUUAGCUCCUUUGUCAUCUGUUGGACUCCUUACUACAUUUUGGGUAUCUGGUACUGGUUCCAACCAGCCAUGAUCAAGCACACUCCAGAAUAUGUGCACCACAUACUUUUUGUCUUCGGAAAUCUGAACACGUGCUGCGACCCCAUCAUCUACGGUUUCUACACAACCUCCUUCCGGGCCGAUCUGGCCGACGUGAUGGCGUGCUGCCGCCACGGACGUGCCGGCAAUGACUCCCCGCGCUCUGUGGACCGGCUUUCGGGCAGAAACGGCGGAGGUGCCGGGGAGAUGGAGUCGGACCUGAGCUCCAACCCACACAGUGGUAACCCAGGAUACCAAGAGGCUUAG